GAGAGCGAGAGAGAAAGAUGGAGAAAAACAGAGAUUUCAUGGAGAAUUCCAAUUGUCAGGUGUCUAUCCAUCCAUUCUUCUUUUUGGGUGCUGCUUAAAUUGUUUGGUUUCCCGGAAAACAAAGGAAAAUUAUAAAAUUAUAAGUAUUGGUAGUGAUAGCUUUCAGUAUUCUUGACCCUUUUUUAUUCUUCUCCUUGUAGGUUUUUGGGUUAUUCAAACUCGAUCCACCCUUCUGAACCUCCUUGUAUGGGAAACUUGUUUACAAGCUAUGUGUAUGAGUCUCCUGUGCUGGACACAACUGAUGAUUUUAAAAGGUCUGCUGCUCACGACGAAAGUGAAUGUGAGGAAGGUGGAUUUCUCAUUGGAGACAGCUUCAAAGAGAAAUUUUGCACCCUUGUAAUUCAUCUUAUUGGCUUUCUGAGCCUCCAGAUUUCAAAACAGGUUCUCAAGCGUACUUAUGAAUCUCCUGUCUUGUGUAUGGUGGAUGGAUUUAGAGACACUUCUUUUGAAGAAAAAGAAUCUGAGGAAAAGUUUGUUGUUGAAGAUAGUAACCAAGAGGAAGAAGACAAUUUUGGGAUUAUGGGGAAAACUAAAAAUAGGGAUGAAGUUAUUGUUGGUGAGAAGCAAAGCUCAAGUCGGUUUGAAAAAUGCACAUCUCUAUCUCUAGGAUAUGAUGACCAAGAAAAUGGAUUUGAGGGAGCCAAGGAAAACCUGUUUGGUCAGGAUAAUAGUUUGUGCUUUGAGAAGAUUUUGGAGCAAAACUUGGAAGCACAACUAUACCAUCACAAACCAGUGGGAUCUGUUUACGCAAACAUGUUGAUAACUCUAAUGAUGAAGGUUUUGUGUCUAAAAUGGAGCAAGAUUCUUCCCAUGAAGAAACUGGCCCUCAGACUCAAGCUUCAAACAGAAGUACAUUGUCCCGAUUCAAAGCCUGUUUGUGGAGUGUCAUUUAGAAAGCCAGUUCAUAGAAGCAAUUGCAGAAAGGGGAUUUAUCAGAACGAGGAAGAACAGAUUGGCAAGAAUAAAUCAAGAAAAUUCUCCAAGAGGGCCUCAACAGAUUCUUCUGGAGUGUUCCAGAAAAUUUGGCAGCAUUACAACAUGUUGAAAGGAUCUUGUUGAGAAAAGAAGGGUGUUGGUCGAAACAACAACCAACAAGCUGGAAGAUGGUGCUGCCCUCGGAAGAGUAAGUAUCACCAUAGUCCUCCUUUGAAACGGAGCAAUGGGUUUUGAGUGUAAAAAAUUGAAAUGUUCUGCUUCUGCAGGUAUUAAGGGCUUGUAAAUUUGUACUUCAGUGUUUUUGGUAGUAUGUGAUGCAUCAUUCCCUACUUAUCUGCGGUCAUGAAACGGUGCGUUUUGUAUUUUCAAACAUGAAUAUAGAACAGAGGAGGGU